AUGCGCCAUACUGGAGUCCUUGUUUACGUUUAUGUGGACCAUCAGGUGUUGGUGCUCCGCAGGGGUCCGCUACCGAGUUCCUGCAAAAUGGCCGCUAUCCUGCUUGAAAAGCAGUAUGCUUCUCCGUGUGAUAGGCAAGAAUUCCUUGGCUGUGCUUGCCAUGAUGGACGGAUGCUGCAGGGCAACGAGCGAACUUUGGGGCAUCCGCGUCAGCACACGGAGGUUGCCUAUUGGGCCCUCUCAAGGGGGAGUCACCUGAAGUAUACAGAUCUACUCCAGGGAGUGAGUUGCCAGCGAAUCAAAAUUAGUACAGCCGCGCUGGCUGAGGAGCCAUUUGGCGGAGGACAGCAACAUCAGUCUUCAAGCUGCAGUUCGUUUGAAUUGGUGAAGGCGGAAAUCAACACUGUUUGUACGGAGGCGUUUACAUUUCUCUGCAAACACGCGCCUGCGCAAGCGGGAGGCAGCAGGCUCCCACAUUUGCCAACGUCGUCUGUCCUAGAGGAGCCGCUGCCCUUUCGAAGAGAGGAAAGUGGACGAGGAGCAUCUCUGCAUGUUUUUCGGUGCCGCAGAGGCAUCCACUGGCAACACAAUUCCGUUGAAGUGGUGGUUGAGGAAGUUGAGGUGAAUGCUUGUCUUCCACAGUUGCAUUGGCAACUGUGGAAGACAAACCUCCUGCAAGAGGACGAACUGUACCGGGUUUGCGGGAUAUGCUUGCGGGGCGGAAACGGGAAUGCAGCUGCUUUCAUAGGAGUGUGGGCAGCACCGCACAGCAACUGGGGCAAGUACAUGAGUUCGUUUGUCACCGCGCUACCCCCAGAAGAGGCACUACGAACCUAG